AGAUACGUCCACCUGUAAGUCGAUGUUUCUUGAUGCCUCUUUUACCGUCCCACGACAAUGAAUAUGAAAUAAUAAUGGUAUUCAACGGGCAAUUAUGAGUCUGUCUCUCCCUCCACCGAAAGUCCUCAUUCUAGCGGUUCACCUUGCUGCAAAUGCCGCCGUGGACAAGUUGGCGUUCCUCGUACAGCAACAUCCGACAGUUCUUCGGAAAGACGUCGUCCUUCGCAUCCUCCUCACCUACCUCCCCGAGACCCUUCCUUCAGCCAAAUAUGUCCAUCUUAUCGAAGCGCUCUCCUCUGAGGAUUUCGCCGACUGCGAGCCCGUCGACAUCGACUCCUCCGUUGUUGCAGGGCUCUCCGUAGAGGAAGCUUUCAGGAAGCUCCGCAAGCUACGGUUUCUACCGUUCUCUGAUGCGAAGGCACGUGCCGAAGCUGAAAACGACUAUGUGGCUUCGUUUCUGUUCCGAAGAGCCUACAGUGUUGACCAACAUGCCGGCAUGCUGACCCAGCUGCCGAUUUUAUUCGCACCGUUUGCGCCGCAGAACGAUGGCAUCCGCACCUGGAUGGUCUCGACAUUAUUGCCUCUUAUGAGGAGGAAUUUCGAAUACUACCCGCACCAUCCCACUCCGUAUACGCUUGCCGAGUUCCAGGCGCUACCUGACGUCACUGCCGUCAGCGCUCUUUUGUCCCAGACUGGACGAGAUGAGGACCACAACCUCCUGGGUCGUGAUCUUCGCGGUCUUGUUGGACCGUGGCUUCGUAAUGAUGCACGGUGGACAUCUGUGCUAGAUGGGGCCGAUGAUGCUUUACGCGACACGGCAUUUGCGACUGGCAAGCGCAUCUGUCCUGGGUGGGAACGAGUGAUGGAAUGGUUGUUGAUCAAUGCUUCGCAAGAUUGGAGACUCACAUGCGCCGCCGUCAUGCAGUGGAAUGGGUCGCAAGAUGUAGACUUAGGCGACUUCGACGUUGCCUGGCUGCAGGAAGAACACCAUACCUAUCUUGAUCGCCGAUAUGCAAGAGCUAUCAUGGCCUCUGCUUACCUUGUUCCCGAGGCCACCCUUGAUGCCGUAGAAGCCGUCCAUCAGAUGGUCGUCAAGGUAACGGAAUUGCUGGGUGAAGGGGAGUUGCCGUCUUUAAUUUCUGCGGCGGAGUCUCUAACACCUGUUCUGAGCUGGAACCACGACCACAUGACGCGGAACUACACGAUGCAUGUGCGAAACGACCUGCUCUCCGAAUCCAAUCCCUUGACUCGUCCGUCACCAUCGACUACCAGUCUGCUUCACGCACUGACCCUGAGUGCAUAUCUCUUGACCCGAGCUGGGCUGCCCGUCUCGGCGAAGCGAGCCGGCGACUUGGUAUUCUCUCAAGAUGAGCGGGAACAGAAAGCAGAGGCUACCAAGCUCAUCGGUGUGAUCAUGAGCCGGAACCACGGAGCUGAUGACAGUUCCUGGAUCAGGACAAGGAGAGAACUUCUUUGGCUUUGCAACUGGGGCAUCUCCUCGGGCGCAGACGUGUCAGCCAUGGGCGUGUUUGGUCGUGUCGAUGUGGAGUAUCUUGAAAGCGAGUUCCUGAAUGCUCUCCUGUUGAACUCUCGUUAUUCCCUUGCGAAAGACCUCUACGAGGCUGACUCCAGCCCUCUCUCAUUGAACGUAGUGCGGGAUAUUGUACUUGGGGCAGCGUUGUCGGCAUUUGACAACGCAACUAACCCCAACCGCACGAGAGGAGGACUCAAGAAAUGCGAAGAAAUCAUCAGUGCGUUCCCGAAAACCUUCCACGCAUCGCUGCGCGUAAGGCAGCAGGUGGAGCAUUUGCUUAAGGCAACCCAUUCGCUCAGCCAGUACCGGCUGGUCUUGAAACAAGGCGAGCCCUUCACACCAAUCCUCCUCCGCGUACACCCAGAUCCCAUAUCUGUCAUUGGCAAAGUCCUUGAACAAAACUCUAAAACCUACACCCGGAUACAAGACCUUCUCCAAACGGCAUACAGCAUGGUAAGGGCUGGCCUACCGGACAACGGUUGCUCCGACAGUGGGUCCGACGGGGCCAGCUCACUCAGCCUCGAUGAGAGAGAAGAGCAGCGGCUGGUAUCAGCAGAAAUACGCGUGACAGCUAUGUGCAUCGAGGCUGCUCUGAGGGAAGAAGAUUUCGAGACGGCCUAUUCCUAUACUGUCAACCGCGCCACAGCUGAUGCAUCAUCUCGCCUCGGCUCGGAGGCUAUGCUUCACAACCACUCGGCCUGGCGCGCGGCGCUGCAGGCUGGACAGUAUACACGCAGCUCCCGGACCAUAGCCCCGACCCACCUUGGCACUGGUAGCGGCAACCCGCACAUUCGACACCUAGAGCAGCGUCUCGAAUGCUUCUCAACUUCCGUCCGCCUCGCCCCAGCCUCGCAGCUACACGAAAUCCUUGGAGGCUUCCGCAGGUGUGAGGAGCAGUUAGACUCAGCACUCAGUGAACAAAUCGCGCGGGGGAUCGGCACAGAUAAAGACCAUACGGACUUGCAUCGCCUCCCGGGGAGUUUCGGCUUCACGACCGCUCCUGCCCAAAAGGCGAUGCCCUCGGCGAGCGCAGGAAGUGAUGCAAGCGCCAUGAAAGGAAAGGCGGAUGACACUGUACCCAUGUCACUCUUCGAUCUCUCCCGGGCGACAGCACGCGCCGCCUCGAGGAAUUUGUCAGCGUUGUCCAGUCUGCAGCAGUCCUCUAAUGCUGGACAUGCGUCUGUAAAUAACGAGACGGUAGGAGAAUGGGGCCGGGCUGAUGGUAAAUCGGAUUCUCAGCAUCGGGAGAGGAUGCGCAAGCGGGAUCAGCUGCGAGAUGCGGCCAUGGGUACCCUGACCACUGGUGUCGGGUGGCUUAUUGGGGCGCCCGUAACAGGAGAUAGGAGCGAUGCUAAGGAUAACGAGCGAUGAUUUGAGAAUAUUUAAGCCGCAGCAUGAUGUUCCUUAUUUAGUACUGGAACUUAAGGGGCAAGUCACGUGACCUGUCCUGGAGUGGACAGCGUAUCCUAGCUUAUCCUGCUAUAUAGGUAGAUAGGUAGUUUCGUUCUGAUAUAUAUAUAUAUCUAUACUAUCGC